AUGGCUUCUGGUAGCAUUGGCCAUGUGCCCGCCUCGACCUUUGCUGAGUACGUAGACGAUCCUUUUCUCGCCGCCGCCUGCGAUGAGGCAGGCCCUGGGCAGACGGAAGACGACGACGAGACGCAAUGCGCGCCGGCGCAUCACCACCAGCCGCCCGCCCAGUGCAUCGCCGUGCGCCCCGCCCUGUCGCAUCGCCUGUUCUCCCAGCAUCUGCAUGUACGAGCAAAAGCUAAGCUGCAACGCGAUAGACUGCUUUCUGGACCCAUGAUCGACAUCUACGUAGGCGCGGCCAGGCGCCACUGGGCCCUGCACCGCAACCUCUUGUGCCACCACUCCGAGGCGCUGGAGAACGAGCUGCUGGGCGACGCAAACGGCAGCACCAGGAAGGACCGCCUCGACCUGCCCGACUACGACCCCGCCGGCUUCGAGCUGCUCGUCAAGUGGCUCUACCAGGGCACCCUGGACGAUGUCUCGGACAUGGUUGACGACAACCAAAAGUACGACUAUGCCGUGAGCUGCCACAAGCUCUACAUGCUCUGCGAGCGCCUCAACAUGACGCAGCUGAAGAACGUGGCCAUGGACCAGUACAGAAAGGGCCUCAACCAGGCUCAGCUGGUCCCCGAUGCCGACGAGAUUGACGCCAUCUACCGCACGAGCUCGACGGGCUCGCCCUUUCGUCGACUGGUCACAAGCAUCGCCGCGCGCCAGAUCAUGGAUCCUGGCAACGAGCGCGAUGUCGAGACGUAUCGCGAGUGCUUUACCAACAACCCCGACUUUGCCAUUGACCUGGUCAAGGCAAUCCGGUCCGGCACGGGCGGCAUGCUGCUCGACGACCCGACCGACAGGGGCAAUGAAUGUCUCUAUCACGACCACCACGCUAGUCCAAACUGUUACACCAAAGAGAAACCAAGGGGGAAGCAAGCAAACAAGAGCGCCGGCCACUCAUCCGCCAAAUCGGUUCCCUACAUAAGCUGCGACCGGCCGAGCCGCCCUCGCCGCCCUCGUCCCCAGACAAAGUCACCCCCACGACCUCCCCCGCCAGCUCGCCUACGAGAAAGAAAUCCUCUUCGCCGUUGCCUGACAAGCCCGGUGAGUUCGACAGUUGGUACGUCGAGGGAAAUGGCAGUCGCUACUCUACCCCUCAACCCCGACGGAAUUCGGGAGAGGGAGAGGGACAUGAAAAGGCUGCGCAGGGUAUCCCCCCCAGACAAAAGACACCUAGAGCGAACUUUAGUCAACGGUACGAAGACGCCGGAGCUACGCCAAGCCCUCGACGAGCACCGCCAAAGCUUAGAAGACAUGCAUCACCAGUUGAGGGACAGCCGGGUGGUCAAUGGGCUUGAUGGCGAGGGCCAAGGGGGUCCCGUGCAGCCGAUGCAGCAAACGCCCUCACACCGCGCCAUCUGGGAGUGGGCCAGCGGAAGGCCUAGAGGACUAACAGCAGACGAUAUCACGACCAAUGAUACGUCCAACAUGUUUACUAUCCCCGAAACCCGAGACGACUUCAGUAUUUCGUCCAGCACGACCUCCGAGAAGACUGCCAUACACCAUGAGGCCAUGGAUUCUAUAAUUGACAAAUCUGGAUUACCCAAAGCACAUAUCACCCCGUCCCCGUCAUUUUCCCAGACAAAGCGUUCUUCGGACGACCUCGUAGCUGCGUCGUCGAACGUUACUACUCCAGCCCACUUCAACCACCCGACUGAGCAGUGGCGGAAUGGACAGCAAGACACGCCAUAUCUUGCAUAUAAAAACAGUCCGCCUCCCAUGCCUGAAACUCUGACUCCGCUGCAGUAUCGAAGAGACACACCAAUAGAAGAUGAUGAUGCUCCCACAAGCGAUGCGCAAGUCAGCGAGAGCCCGGAACGUGGAGAGUCAUCAAGUGCAGCGGCGCAAAAUGCAACACCGGACACGUCGGAUGCACGCCCAGUACGAAAGUUCAAGGUUACCCUUACCCCCAAAAUGCUUUCCCCUGCUCGCACUAGUACCAGUGUCAGUAAAUGA